AUGGCCGAUCUAUUGAAGGGAGUUCAAAUCGUCUUGCCCGACGGCAGCAAAGUCAAUGGUGAGGAGCAUUUGAAGGGAAAGGUUGUGGCUUUGUACUUCUCGGCUGGAUGGUGCCCACCGUGCCGUGCUUUCACACCAAAAUUGAAGGUAAGUUGUUGGAAAUUCGAUUUUUGGUUAUUUUAGGUCGAUGUUGAGCUGUUUAGUGGUUUUUGGAAGUUUACCGGAAACAACGAUUUUUUUUAUUUUUAUACUUUUUCCAUUCUAUGGGCUACUUUAAUAUCAUUUUAACUUUCAGGCCUUCUACGAGAAGCUCCAAGAGGAAGGAAAGAACUUUGAAGUUGUCUGGGUAUCUCGUGACCGUGCUGAAGAUGAUCUCCUCGAGUACUACCGUGAUCAUCACGCUAAGUGGACUUACUUGCCAUUCGGAGACCCACAUAUCCAGUAAGUUUGUUUUGAUGGUUUUUGUUAUUUUAGGAGGUGAAAUAUAGUAUUAUCAUGUGUAGUAGGUACAAUAUGAUCCUUGAGUUAAAUAAAACAAAAUGGUAGAACCUAUAUCUUUCGUAGUCAAAGGAAAUAGCUCAGUAAAAUCAUAUUAUACUUGCAAGCAAAAUAGUAUUUUAUAAAGUAUUGGUCUAAUUUUAAAAUUUCAGGGAAUUCCUCCAAAAGUUCGAGGUCAAGACCAUCCCAGCCCUGAAGGUGAUCAAGCCUGAUGGUGCCGUCGUCGUCCAAGAUGCGCGUACCGAGGUCGCCCAAAAGGGACAAGAUGCCGUGGCUUUGUUGGAAGAAUGGCAAGCUUUCCUUUAA